AUGAACAAAACAGACGGUACAAAGGAGGAGGAGAUCUUUCAAUCUGAUGGACAAGAUGUUUCUUCCAAAUAUGAAAACCAAACUGCUGCAUCUAUCCAUCCUCUUCCAUCCUCAUCUUCGGAAAAUAACGAAAAAGGCCAUCACGCAAUAAUUUUGCAAAAGGAUGAAGAAUUGAAUGAAAAUCAACCUCUUGAUGAUCAUUAUCCAAACAAACUUCUAAAACCUCACUUUCCAAAAUAUGAACUGCACCACCAUCAUCUUCAUGAAGAGACCACUACAACAGACUUUACAUCAACAGGUGAUGAAGUAACUGACCACAGCUUUAAUGCAUCAAAUCACGCAGAAGAAAGACCUAUCAAUAAGAUUGAAGAAGUUGCAGAGAGAUUUGCCCAUGCAACCAAGAAGAAGAGCAAGACAGCUUUAAAGCUGAUCACAGUGACACCUUUCAACGUUCUCAAAGAGAUUAUGGAAGAAGAAGAACAAGUAGAAGAAGAGCAACCAUCAGAACCUCAAAGACAAAGUCAUUCAAGGAGUAGUUCACGAGAGGAAAUUAAAGCUGAGCAAGAGAUUGAUGGUCAGCAUGAUAUGCAUGCGGCUGUAGCACAGGAUCAUGGACAACAAAAUGAAGAGCAACAAGAAAAGCUUAUUGAGCAUGACUCUGCGAGUGAAGUACAUGAUCCUCAUGACACCCUCAAGAAUCCACACAACCAAGAAGAUUCAGGAAAGACAAUUAAAUUUCAGACCCAAUUUUGCCUUUGUACCUUUGACGAAACACCAGAUUUUUUACGUAAUAAUCCUUAUAUUAGAGGACAUUACAGAAAGUACUUCUCUCUCAAGUUAUGUUUACAGAGUAUCUUUAAACUUCACAAUGAAACAGUGAAUAUUUGGACCCACUUGUUACCUAUCUUUGGAUUUCUAGCUCUUGUUUUUUAUACUAUUUAUUUUAUGGUAAUUGUUCACAACACAGGUGCAAAUGCACAAAAUGUUUUAGACAUGUUCAUAAUAAUGAUUUAUCUUGGAAUGGCGAUUAACUGUUUUUUCUGUUCAACCAUGUAUCAUACCUUAAGCUGUCACUCGAAGAAGAUUUGGAGCAUUUCCUACAGGUGUGACGUUUCUGCAAUAAGUGGACUUAUUGGAAGCAGUAUCAUUCCUGCUCUUUAUUUCAAUCUGUAUUGUUAUGUUGGAUGGCAAAUUGUUUAUAUUAGUUCCAUUGGGUUAUUUGCUAUUGUGGGAAUGAUUUUCCCUUGCUUACCCUUCAAAAGUCAAAGAGCUCUCAAAAUAUUUAGGAUUGUGAGAACUGUAUUAUUCAUCUCGAUGGUAUUAAGUGCUAUUAUUCCCAUCAGCCACUUCCUGUUAUUUAUUCUCCCACUCAAACAAGAGUAUACAGGUGGUUUCCAUUCAGAAUUUAAUCAAGAAUUUUUCAUUGGAAUUAUUAUAACGGUCUCCUUGUAUGGAAUUGGUCUUUUGUUUUGGCUGACCAAAAUGCCAGAGCGUUUUUUCCCAGGCAAAUUUGAUCUCUUCCUCUCCUCUCACAAUAUCUGGCAUGCAUUUAUUAUUGCUGCAAGUUCUCUGUGGUAUUCCUACUGCCUUAAUCUUUACAAAGUGAAGGUGGAAAAACUAAAAGCAGGCUUAACCUGCCCAGAAAUUUGCAGAAAAUCUCUCAUUAGUGGACCCUAUGGAUUUAUGUUUGCUGCUUUGGUUGUUUAUAUUUUUGAAAUUCCACCGACCGCUCACAUGAAAAUAUUCAAUAUUCUGCCCGUCAGCGACAAGCAAACAAUUUAUAUUUUGGUCAUUCAAUUUUUGUUGACCAACUUCCCUCAUUCUCUCUUGCCAGCAGUAAGCGGUAUUAUUUCAGGAACUGUGUAUCAAUAUCUGCUGUGUAAUAUUUUCAAGCUAGAUAGAAAACUCAAAUUCCCUGCCUUUCUUGUAAAGUUUGCUUCUGAGGUUGUGAAACCCUUGUUACAACCAAACAAUUAUCAAACUUCAUCAGCCAGACCUGCCACAUCUGUAAAUAGAAAUUUGGGCUCCAGUAAUCAAGGAAAUCAACAACCACAAAAUAUUAUGCAUGACAAUUUCAUGACUCAAGAUCACGACCAAUUAUCCAAUUUGCAGGGCAACGUAUCUGAAGAUAAUAUUCAACAAUUAAUGAAUAUGGGAUUUUCUCGUACACAAUGUGAAAUUGCAUUACGACAAGCAAACAAUGAUAUACACUUGGCAACGGAGCUCUUGUUGCACGAAUAA